AUGGCUUCAAAUAUUCUUCGAGAAUGGACGGAGGCUAGUUUACCGCUAGUAGAUAGUACAAUAAAAGACGAUAUAUCUAGAAAUAAGACUGAAGAGAAAACUCCGACUACUUUGGCAGAAGAUAUACAGCAAGAUAAACUGCAAAUUGGGGCUCUUCUCCACGACAUUUCCUCUCAUAUAAACAAUGAUGAUUACACACAAGUUUCCAGAGCUCUAGUACUCCUGCAAGAAAGCCUCCCGGGACAUUCAAAGAUUACAAGACAGGAUUUACAUCUCUUGAUCAAUUACUUUGUCACAAGGCUUAAGAAUGAAGAACAUCAACACUUAAACGACGCUGGAAUCGAUGAGAUAAUUCUUCUCUUCCUGAAUUUUGCACAACAUGGAGACCUUGAACCAGGAGAUGCACCUCUAGUCCUAACUGGUUUAUUCAGUUUAGCUGACAACCGAACCCGUCUGAAGGAACUACCUGGUCCGAUUAGACAAAAUGUGUACACUGUCGUAGACAACUUCUGCCGGGAAUACCCACAGAAAAUCACAGAGGAACUUGGCUACGAUAAAAUCAUAGCAGGAUUAUUAAAUCUGGUCAUUUUUGAAAAAAAAGCCUCUUGCUUGCUUAUCAUAUUUCAAUUGAUCUCAUAUGUCAGUCGAAACUGGAAACUUUCCAGCGCUAACAUGGAAGACUUGUUCAAUUCCUUUGUCCGAUACUUCCCUAUUAAAGUUGGUGGCGCACAGGAUGAAGCAACACGUUUGAGCAUAGAGAUGAGAAGGUGUCUCUCUGACUGUAUGACAUCGAAUGAUUUUUAUGCGUCACUCGUAUUUCCUCAUCUAAUACAAAGACUUGAUGAUCGCUCCUCAAUAUCGGCGUCCAGUAUGCAUGAAGUAUUAGCCGCUAUCGAAGAAUGCUUAACAAAGUAUACAGUUCCAACAAUCACGGUCUGGGCUUCAAAGAUUUGGGAUGCAAUAAAAUUUGAGAUUUGGAAUGGAGAAAAUGAAGACAACAUCAAAAAAUCAUUGGAAAUUCUUCGUUCUAUAGCAGUAUCGCUAGAAAGCGGACAUUCCUCUUCGCCUGAAGAAGACAGCUAUCUAGUACAAUACGUCACAAAAAUUGCGACCGAAAGUCGAGAGCGUAUUGUUGAUUCUCCAAAAGAUUAUCUACCCUCAACAGGAAGAAUACUUUAUGUCAUCGCUUCUACUAGUAACCACACAUUUCAAUUGGUCUCGGCAGCAGUGAUACCAUGUCUUCUAGAACUCUGGCAACGUAUAACUCUUGCUUCCGAAAAGAAAAUGCUUUUAAAUAUAAUCAAUAAUAUCCUCAAGGCUCGAAUUGAACUCCUUGACAUGGGAAAUAAACCUAAUAGGACUGGAAUAAUGAAGUCGUUUACUAUGUUCCAGGAGGAGCUCGUUGAGAUAUUUUCUAAUGCUAUUUUUGAAAUAAAGCGUAUCGUACCAGCAGCCUCUGGGACGAAUAGCAAUUUUGGAAAUAACGUGCUCUGCUAUUUACCAGCAUUAGAUGGCCUUACUAUGCUUUUCAAAGCUCCUUCGUACUUAUCAAGCGUUGAACAAGGAAUGAUAGUACAAGAAUUAAUACAGAUUACGACUGUAAUCUUUCCGAGAAAAGGCACAGUACAUGAUGAAGCUCUGAAAGCUAUACAAAAAAUAUCUUCAUACCAACCAACAGUAUUUGCAAAUAUGAUAAUCCCAACCCUUAUGGAUAAAAUUCCAGAAUUUCUGCCAACAGACGCAAGGACUCAGACAAAAGGUGUACAGUUAGUAGCCUCUUUUUUGAAUGACAUAGCCGAUAUUUCAUGUCUUCCAUGCCUUCAAGAGCUUGAAACUGGUUUUCCUGAGGGUUCUUACAGUCAUUAUUGGCACAGAAACUUCGAUUUAUUUGCAAAGAAAUUACUGAAUAAGCUGGAUGCUGUACUUUCGACCAAAGGUCAGAACUACUUUGCAACGAUCAUAAUUGCUGCGAUAUUAAAAGGUUUGAGACUCUUUGAUUGCUCGUUAGGGCCCACUCAACUUGAAGCAGUGAGCCCAGAUCCACAUAUACUACCGUACGAGUUUAUAUGGAAUCACCUACUCGAAGAAUCUCUUCCCUUAGACUGUCUUUCUCUCUGUGGAGUCGAUUCCCAAGAUUGGUUGUGUCAAAAGGCUUCAACAAAGAGAACCCAAAAUCAUGAAAACUUUUUGCAUCUGGUAGGAUGUAUAUUUUUGUUAAUAUCACGAUCAAAGUUAAAUACCCCUGAAAAUAAUAUAGUGUAUAAAUUUAACAAGACGUCUACUAUUUUGGGCUUCGUUGAAGAAUUUCAAUCUCCAACCUUGUACUCUGAAUCUCAACCUCUUACUGGCCCGGAGUCCUCUCACCAGGUUAUGAUUAACAUGGCAUUAAUUUAUUCCUUCAUAGGAAUUCGUCCGGACCCUGAUGAUGAUAUGUAUCUAACAAAUACUAAGAGUAGACUUGGUAUUAGCAAUAAAGUUGGACAUAUGGCUGCCAGUGCAAUCUAUAGAAUCGCCAAAAUUGAAAGUGCGGCUAGCUCUUGUAUCCGCAUUGCAAUGUUAUACUACGCUCAAAUACUUAUUGCUAAAUUUCACUGCUCGAGGGAUAAAUUACCGGAUGGGAAAACAGUACUUGAUGUCAUCAAAUUACUCGUCAGCACAUCACAAAAUGAAUCUUUGACAUACACAAUGCGUGUGUAUCAAAUUAUUGUGUACUUGGCUGCGGCAUCUUUUGCCUGCUAUGAUCGACAAACAAUGGAACCAUUAUUCGAUAUCCUAUGUAAAGGGUUGAGUCCCAGUCACAACAAUCCACAAGUUUGCGCCUUGGUCGCUAAAUCUUUUCGCAUGAUACUAGCGGACUCAUUUAUCCUUAAUGAAAACAAUUAUAUCAAAAUUCGACCACUACGAAAAGGGCUCCUUCUAGAACUUAUCAAGCCUCUGAUAAUUCAGCACCAUAUAGACUCUCAGCUCAUGCCACAAAGUCCAUCACAUCAUAAUAGAAUUCAGGAACAUUAUCUUGUCGCCAUUAUUGGCAUACUAGGACACAUUGAACAUCAAUUGAUCCUUGAUAAUUUUGAAAUCAAUGACUUAAUUUCCCUUGUGCUAGAUGGAACCAAUGUUCCCAAUGAUGACUGGGCUAAGGCUGAAUACAUUAAACUAAUGCAUAUGCUAGUCCUUAACCGCCCAGAAAUUAUGCAGCUACAUAUUGAUAGUGUAAUAGAACGUAUGAUAGAGCGAACACAUAACACACUUGAGGCACCAAGUGAUGGAAAUGUCGAGUGUCGGAUUCUAGCAUUGAAAGUCUUACAUGCGCUAAUUGAAAAAUUUGGCCAAUCUCUCUUACUACAGAGGCGCACCCACUUAAUAGCUGAGUUGGCAGUAGCAAAAGAUGAUUGUCAUGCUGAUGUGCGAUACCUUGCAUCGCAGUGCUCCUUGGCUUGGAUAUAUGCAAAGUCGUAA